AUGCUGCUCUAUUACAUUUUGGUGGCCCUCUGGGCUACCGUCACCUACGCGAAAAGUUUUUCUGAGGACAUCUCAGAGAUGCCGGAACUUUCAGAGAUGUCUUCGUAUUUAAACCAAACGCCUGAAGCGAAAGAUGUGCUGGACCAGCAGAAGAACGUGACUCUGCUUGCUCUCGAGAAUAGUGCCUUCCGCGACUUUGUGGGACAAGGCGAGGGCAAUGAUAAUCAGUCAUCAUCGAAUUCUAGCCUCCUAAGGGGAAUUUUUAGCUACCAGUUGGUGAAAGGACUGCAUAACUCUGAACAGAUCACCACCACGCCACAGUUUUCGCCCACGGAAUUGAAUGAUGCGGGCUUUACCAAUGUUAGCUCCGGUCAGAUUGUCCAGCUUGUUGAGAAAGAUGGGAAGGACUACGCAAUCUCCGGAUUGAACGACAAUUCUACCAUCAUCAAACCGGGGGUCGAUGUUGAAAAUGGUGUUAUUCAUGUCAUUGACCGUCCACUGACGCUCCCUCAGAGCGUUACGGCAACACUACAGGCUGCAAAUCUCACUAGCUUCCAGGGUGCUUUGCAGCGUGGCAAUGCUGUCUCCAACGCUAAUGAUCCAAAAGACAUCACCCUCUUUGCUCCGAGGAACUUGGGAUUCCAGCGUAUCGGCACCGCUUUCGAGAACAUUUCUGCUGAAGACCUUGGGCAAAUUGCCAACUACCAUAUCGUCAAGGGCAAAGUGCUCUAUUCCCCAGACUUGACUGACGCAGACCACCCAACAUACGCCGAUAAAGACUUGCACAUUUCCACAGUUGAUGGAAGAAGCUAUGUCAACUCCGCUAGAGUUGAAUCUACCAAUCUCCUUGUCAACAAUGGAGUUAUUCACGUUAUUUCAGAUGUUCUCAAUCCCAACAAUGACACUGCUAAGCCAGUUCCAAAUGCUGACCCACCUCCACCAGCGUUUGAAAACGCAAACCCUGUCAGCACUGACCCGUUGACGGAUGGAAUUCCUUCUCCAACCUCUGUGAUACCACUACCAGGUAUAACAAGUGGCGGUGAGGGUGGUGGUGGUGGUGGUGGUGAAUCGACCGCACCCCCAAGUCCAACAGCUACAGUAACGGAGACACAAAGUGGAGGUGGUGGCGGCGGUGGCGGCGGUGCUGGGGGUGGUCCAGGGCCGACUGCAACAAACACCCCUCAGCCCGGCGCCGCUGCAACAGAACGAGCCAAAGCUGGAUUAGCUGCUGUGGUUGGAUUAGGCGUUGUGUUGAUCAAUGCUUAA